CGCAUGCGUCUUAUUUUGUUCCUCAGCCUUUGAAACUCGGGGUUGAGUUCAAUUAGGAGAGACCAUGUCCGCCAUCAGCCAUAUGCACUUCUCUAUCUUCUCAUUUAAAACAAAAUCUCCAUGAAAUAGCGGUAGCACGCGGCCUCGAGAAUGGCCACAUCGGGUGCUGUUCAGGUGAAACUAGAACUUGGACAUCGUGCCCAGGUCAGAAAGAAACCCACGGUGGAAGGCUUUACGCACGACUGGAUGGUGUUUGUCCGAGGACCAGAGCACAGCAACAUUCAGCACUUUGUGGAAAAAGUAGUUUUUCACCUGCACGAAAGCUUCCCAAAACCAAAAAGAGUGUGCAAGGAUCCACCCUAUAAAGUGGAGGAGUGUGGAUACGCAGGCUUCAUCUUGCCCAUUGAAGUUUACUUCAGAAAUAAGGAAGAACCUAAGAAAGUGCGCUUCGACUACGACCUGUUCCUACACCUGGACGGCCACCCGCCUGUCAAUCACCUGCGCUGCGAGAAGCUCACCUUCAACAACCCCACGGAGGAGUUCCGCAGGAAGCUGCUUAAAGCCGGCGGGCAACGGGAUCCUCACAAAAGAAGUUCGGAAGACUCUCAAGUGAUGGUAAUGCAGGAGGGCUCCACAUCUCUGUUCGGCCAGCACCUCAAGCUGCCCACCCUCCCCAGCAACUCCCUGACAUUGACCUUCUCAGACGCUAAGAAAAGCAAGGCCUUCCCAGGGUCAAAGGUCAGUGGCGGUCUCCAGGACGGUUUCAAAGGAACUGACUCCCUCCUCACCACAACCACCACCACCAGCAGCAGCUCAUCCAAGCUCCACAAACCCUCCAAGGACCACAAGGACAAGCCUUUGAAAGAGCCCAAAAGUGCCUUCAGAGACUGUGGCAGGGAACCAAGCAAAGCCUCCAAAGAUUCAUCCAAGAAACCUAAAGAGAACCAGCCUCUUCUUCGGGACAACCCCCCCAUCCCCAAGAUGGGCUUCAAGGAGCCCAAGGCCAUGUCCAAGGAGCACCGGCAGGAUGGGGGCUACUCGCACGGGGCUGGGAAUGGGACAGGGACUAACAAGCGACUGUCCAUCACCGACGGCGAGGACCACCUGACCAAAAAGCGCAAGAAGGGCUUCUCGGAGUUGACGUUAAAGCCGUCGGGGGGCUCGUUGCUGCCGCACCCACAGUCCCACUACUCGGAGAAGAAACUGCUGAAGGACAAAUCCCAGGUGCGGCCCGCUAAACUGCGGGUGGACGGUGGCGAGGCGCUGGGGGAGCGCAGGAAGGCGCCGACGCUACCGCCGUUCUCGGAGCUGACGGACGCCAACGACUCGGACAUGGAGGACAAUAUGUCCACCAAAUCAGAUUCGGAGCAGCCCAGUCCAGCCAGUUCAAGUUCCAGUUCAGGCUUUGCAGCCAGCCACAAACGCCAAGUGGCCGAAUUCGUCCGCAGGAAGGUAGGGGCCGUCCCUGGCACAGCCCACACAGUGUUGGGUCCCCUUCGUUCGAUAAUUCACGACCUGCACUCCGACGACAACGAGGAUGAAUCGGAGGAGGAGGACGAUGACAACGACAUGGACUCUGACCUGGAGCGACCAAUGCACACGCACAUGACGCACCGCCAACGCCGGGUCAGCUUGAGUGACGGCACUGAGAGUGAGAACAGCUCAGCCCCCUCUCCCCACUCUCGACACGAGCCCCCGCCUUUACUAAACACCAGUAAUAACCAGAUAAUGGAGGUGAAGAGCCCCAUUAAGCAAACGAAGCAGGAUAAGAAUAAAAACAUUGACUGUGACAAGGCUUACCUGGAUGAGCUGGUGGAGCUACACAGACGACUGAUGACGCUGAGAGAGCGGCACAUACUACAACAGAUAGUGAACCUCAUCGAGGAGACUGGACACUUCCACAUCACAAACACCACUUUUGACUUUGACCUCUGCUCCCUGGACAAAACUACGGUGCGGAAGCUCCAGAGUUACCUGGAAACGUCUGGGACGUCAUGAGGUCUGGGAGCUGCUGGCUGCUGCAAGGAACAAUGUCGGAAGAACUUAAGAAUCUUCCUCUUUUUUUGUUCCCCCUCCAAAAAAAAAUAUAUAUAUAUUCUGGUCGCUCCACUCUGCUCAUUGGAACCUGGCUCUCCACGCAACCAGGGUAGCCCGUGAGCGACAGACUGGAACAGCGUGUCGUGUCACCCUGAAGAUGAGUCCUGUCGACCAGGAAUAUCACCCAGAAAGCCUUGAAAUAAUUCCACAUUUGACAAAAAAAACGGAGACCUUGCUUUUGAAACUAAUGUGUAUUACCAUGUAUGUACAUUACAUUUUUGGGGUUUCUUUGUGAUGAAUGAUGCAUGUUCAACACUGCCUUACCACAUUUGUCGGUCUUUAUUUAUUGAAUUUGAGUUUCAGGUGUGUGUGUGAUAGCAACAAGGAAUUAGUCUUGUGCAAGCACUUCACAACAUGCAUCUCUCCGGCUCUGGAAGGACGGUGGAGCAGCGCAUUGUCAUGACAACGUUAAGAUUUAAAUUAUCUUAUGUCACGGAUGACUUGAAUGGCAAUCAAACGUCCCGCUAUGUGAAGCUUGCAACUCUACCCUCUUCAAAACAAUAUUUAUCAUCAGUGCCCACCGGUACGAGCUGAACACAAAUCAUGGACUCAAAUUGUUGUGAUUAACACAAUUGUAUAUUCCAUUCUUGGUACCAAAACUUUAAUUGACGUAUUGGAUGAUGACGAGGCAAUUUUCCAAAGUGUGCUGCAUGUCGUUUUUACAAGCUCUCACUUGUAUUCCGCAGCUCAAGUUGAAACAAAGCCUUUGUGUUUGUGAUCAAUCUAUUGUAAGCAGGCCUGGAUUUUAGUGGGGAAAAUGUACUCUUACGUAUGUAAGACAUUGAAUCUUAUUUAUUUCACGGUGACCUCAGUUGCCAAAUCAAAGUUGUGCAUUAGAAUUGAACUGAGAAAUGUUUUUGAUUAACUUUGUCCUUUUGCUAGCCUGAGGAAUUGAAGUUAAAAAAAAUAUAGUCUGCAGAGUGAUUCCGCAACAGGAACUACCAGUGGUUGUAGCUACUCACAGGGCCACACAAAGGCAGACUGUUGCAUUUUUGCUUGACCCAUGUCAGUCUUAUGAGUUUGUGUAUUCUUAGGACAUACAAUAAAAAUGCUGUGUUUUGUACAGAUGAGGACAUGUGCAACCUGUGGUGAAAAUAGUCACUGUAAAUUGUACAUUUUGUUUUGACUUUUUUGUAUGUUGCAAUGUCUUGUUGAAUGACAUUUUGUCAUAAUUUCUCCAAUUUAAUUUCUAAGCCCAAAGAUGUUUGUUUUGGUUGGGAUAUCAUGAUAUAUUGUUUAUAUUUGUAUAUAAACGUUGUGAUUAAUAA